UUUUUAAAAUCGCUUAAAUUUUUAUAUUUCAUUGAUCGGAACGUUAUUUAUUUUACAAAUAAAGGUAACACAAAUAACCAAUUUAAAUUUUUAAAAUAAUAAAUUUCUUUGUUUAUAAACAUGUGAAACCACGUGAACGGCACACAUGUCGAGCUCGAGGUUUGCAGGAGGCAAGUGAGAAACCGUGACUUUUGUGUUGAUUGGCAAUACUUCAACCGUAGAAAAUUAGGACUAAAAAGGUAUCACACAGCAGUAAAAUGAGUAUGAGCGAUGAAGAUCGGGAAAUUGACAUUGAAAGUGAUGCUGAUGAUGAAGAAAGUCCUCAAACAUUUAGCUCAGAUGAUAAGCGUGCCCAUCACAAUGCAUUGGAGCGAAAACGAAGAGACCACAUAAAAGAUAGUUUUCAUAGUCUUAGAGAUUGUGUUCCACAAGAUGACACCAAGACAAAUACUUCAAGCAAGACAUCAAGAGCACAAAUUUUACGACAGGCUGCAGAAUAUAUCAUCCGAAUGAGAGAUAAAACUAUGCAGAAUGAUCGUCAUAUAAAUAUUCUCAAACAGCAAAAUGAUGAUUUGCAAUCACAAAUCAAAGCGUUACAGAAAUCUCAGGCGGGUGGAAAAGCAGUACUCAGCUCUAGUUUCCUUGAUGAAGAGAGGGGAGAUGAUGACUAUGAAAGCUAUGAAGAAGAAGCUGUUAUUACCUCCCCACCAUCCAAACGCAAAAAAAACAAACUCUAGUUGAGUGAUAUAUGUCAAUGUGGAAGAGCAUGUGGUGUCUGUUUUUUUUUUAUAUACAUAUAUAUAUAUUUUCUGUUUACAAUACUUUUUAUUGAUAGCAUUAAUUGAAAUAUUUGGGUGAAUUGAUACUGGCAUGUAUGCCAUUGAAGUGUUGUUUUUUUUUUUUGUGUCGAAUCAAAUUUUUGUUCUGUUAGAUGUUCUAGGAUGACAUGUAUAUGGCAGUAAUCAGUAAUUGAGUACUCCAGUCAUUUUAUAAUGCAAAGAAAAGCUAAAAUAUGCUGACCUGUGUGACCAGCUUAUUGUUAAAACUUGCCAAUCAUUGUCUAGUUAGGUAUGGAAUGUAUUGGAUUAAAAAAAUCUCCAUACAUGUUGAAUAAUGAGCUGUUCUUGACUUAUCUUCUAAGUCAGUGAAUGAAGUUUAGCUGAGUUCCAUCAGCAGUCUGAUUGUAAUGCUCACAUUAUAUUAGGUCAUGUAGACAAAUUACUUAGUCCAUUUCUCAUGUGAUGCAAUGGUUGGAUGUCCAUUCCUUUCUAUUUAUUACCUAUAAGUUAGAGAUAAACGAGUGCUGUGAAAUCAUUCUGAAAGAAAACCUGUUUGUUUCACAUCUGCUGGUUUCUAAAGUCAAGCUCUUGUUUCAUUGUAUUCACUAUCUUGAUAGCCACCUGACAUUCAAUAAUUUUGUCUAGAUAUAGCUUUUUAGGGAAAAAAAAAUUCUUUGCUCUUUACAAGGAGCAGAUAUUUUUUACUUGUUUUAAAAGCAGGUAAACUGUUUGCAUCUUUUUUUUUCUUGAGUUAUGCAUGUAUUAAGUCUGUAAUGGGGAAAUAAACAUUAAGGAGAAAAUGUCAAAGAUUAGCGCCAGCUAUUUCUUGAAUAUUUUUACCAUUACUGUUUCCCAUAAACAUUAUUGCAAUAUUUUUGUUUGUCCUCUGUUGUAAACUGAGGAAUGCAACCAUUUCAAGUGCUCAUUAUGUCUUGACAAAUUUUAUAUCACUUAAAUCAUAUUUUUUUUUUUUUUGUAAUUAUUUUCAUGUACCUUGUGUAGUUGAUAGAAGUAUGGGACUGGAAGCCUAGUCUAUUCAGUCUGCUAUGUAAAUGUAUAUUUAAAAUAAAACCAUGUACACACAUGAACAGGUUUUAAGGAGCGUAACAUUAAUGCGUGUACAAACUUUAUUUUAUUUGAAAUACUUAAUGAACCCCAAAAUUGAGGGUGAAUAACAAUAAUCCAUGUGAAGAAGUCACGUGCCCGGCAGCUUCUUAUUCAUGUAACUCAUGUCUAGUUUAAUAUUUUAGAUCAUAUAUUUUUUGAAUCAUAAGAACAUAAAUUAAUGCAAAUCUUAAUAAUUAUUCAUUCUUAAGGUUUGCACACAGUUGUAUUUUUUUUUGGAAAAUUGUGACUAAUUGUAUACAAAACAUUACUUAAUCUAGGGGUAAGUUAAAAAAUAAACUGAAUUGACUUUGAUAUUAAUUUAAUGAUUGGGAGUGGGGUACUUGUCAAAUGCACUAUUAUCACUCCACUCAAAGGACUUUCUUUGUAGUUUUUUUUUUCCAGUAAUGAUAAAUUGUGGAGUUUAUUUGGUGUGUGGCUUGUUUAGCAGUUACAAAUUUGUAUUAACCAUUAAAAAUUUUUUUUUUUUUCCAGUGGUUGUAAACUGAAUUUUUGUGUAAUAAUUUUUUUUAGACACCAGUCUAUGAUAAGACUAGUUACUACAAUCGACAACUAUUUUUGAUAGUUUCAUGAACAAUAAAGGUGUAAAAUUUUUA